AUGACGUAUGGGCGUGAGAUGUUGCUCUUUCGUGAUGAGUGCUACUUUGAGGACGGCCUGAUUGUGACGAUUCACCGCUACAUGCUCACGGUGCAGGAAAUGCUCGCCCUCGUUGGGCUCGCCGGCUGCGAACACCAGCCGCAGGCGCAAAAGCGCAUCGAGGAUAUUACGGCCGAACGUGAGAACUUCUACGCGGCUAGAAAGGUCCGGGUGGACAUGCACACCCGCGCGACGCUGCCGUUGCUGGAUUUUACCUUUUGCAAUAUUUCCGACCCACUGCAGCUGCUGCAGGUGCAGCCUGUCACCGGCAAACCCCACGUCUCGCGCGUGCUGCAGCCGGCCGUUGAGCCUCACUUCGCCCAGGGCGUCUUCUUGAAUCAGCAGAGUGACCCCAGCCGGCCGCAGAAGGAGCAGCGGGUGAUCGUAAGGGCCCGCAACAAGCAGGGGGAUGAGGAGGUGUACGAGUUUGUGGAAAACACCAAGUCGCGUUUCGGGUUCCUGCACGACAAUAAAGGGGGCAUGGAGAACGCGCUUGAUGGCCUCGCGGGAAAGUUGAAGACCACCUACGACGCCACCAACGUGCGAAUCAGCGCCUGCGGAAUGGUGUCGACGGAACGGCUUGUGCCGGUGCUGCGCCGGCUUGUGAUGAACGCCAUUAUGACGAUACGGUCGCUGGACCUGAGCGGCAACAACAUCAGCGUUCUCUCGGAUCUCUCGCUCCUGCCGCUGCAGCACCUCUACCUGCACCAGAACAACAUCACGGACUGGGCGCAGGUGGAAAGCAGGGUCUGCCCCCUCCCGCUGCUCUCCGCCGUGACGCUGCACGGCAACCCGCUGGCGGAGACAGACCCGCACUACUGGACUUCGGCCUUGUCGCGGCUGCUGCGUCACCCGAAGCGCGUCGUUAAGCUGCGGCAGCUUGACUUCGUCACUCUCACGCUGCAGGACUACAACAUGGCGGGGGCCUUUGAGCUCUUUGAGACGGGAAACCCGAAGCUGCUGGAGGCGGCGCGUGGAAGGAAGCCCGGGACGAACGGCCUCGUUCCCUAA